UAAUUUGCAUUAUAGAGUUGCAUAUGAUCUAGGGAAAUGCGCCUGAUUCAAUGUACCAUUGUGAUAAUGGUCUUGCGUGCGAAAAAGGACCACUCAGAUAUUAAAACAGUGGCCUGUUCAUCAAACCAAGCAUGUAAAACUACAUACCGGGAUGUUAUGUUGUGUUUUUAUAAUUCUAUUUUUAUAAUAAUUACUUUCAAUAUCUAUACUUGUUGAAAAAGGUGAAUACGUGGCUAGGUUUUUCCUGACAAUGCUCAACACGUGGCUAGCUUUUCCUGAUAACUGUAAGCUAACUUAUAGAAAUUCACAUAUUUAAAUAUCUAGUGUAAAUAUGAUAUGACCAUAUAAAAAUCCUGUACAAAAAUUCGUUAAUAAUAAUGAUUAUAGCAAUGAUAAAUAUAUGAUAGAGCUCUUUUAUGGCAGGGUUGAUGCAGUCGUGGGUGUGAUACGAACUCACCGGUAAAAUACCUAAAAUCUAGAGUUGUUUCUCGGCAAAAACGUUUGCACUUAAACUUCUAUGAAUUUUCAACAGACCGUCCGGACUCUUAGUACAUCUGUUCCCUUAUUCAAUGACUUUUGGCAGCUACUGCACAGCAAAAUAAAUUAUCGAUAUUUUAGCAUCGACCUCAUUGGUUUUGUUGCAUGCAUGAUUCUGAUGAGGCCCCUGCUCUUAAACUCUCGUUUAGUAUUGUAUUUCAGCUAAGCUUUAUAUAAAUCCAAUUAUUUCAUAUAAAACAAACGAGGGGGUGUCAAUCCUCUGGAAUAAUUAUAUUGGAGAAAGCCUUUAUAUGUCUAUAAAAUUGAUGCUCUAUUGGAAAUUAUAUCUUUAAUCAUAACUGCAUUCGUAGUAUUAUAAUGAUGUGAUCGUUAUUCCAGGGGAGUUUCUCUUUUGUGAAAGCAGAAAAAUCUCGGUACUAGAAAUAUCCUUCUUAUAAACCCAUGUGUGGUUUCGCCUUUAUGUCAGAUCUAAAACCGUAUUUCAAAAAGUAUGGUUAAUUAAGCCUUUUUGUUCAGCUAUAUCGAGAUUUAGUUGAUACCCCCUGAAAUUAUGAUUGAACAGUAACAGUGCAGCGAUUUCUGUGUCUCUUUUACAAUGCGAUUCAAUUGUUCAUUCUCAAGCAAUGGUGCAAUGAAGCGUCAAGAGGUGAUCUGUAGUGAAUUCUUAGGAACGAGUGAAACAGUAGCCGGGCCCAGUGUUUUCAGGUGCAACUAGUACAUCUUCGUUGUUUUACCAGCCUUUGAAAGUUCUGUAAUUAAUUACGUGAACAGAUAAACGAUAAACACGAUUAAUUGGAACUCAUGUUUUCUGCGCCAAGGGCGUAUCAAACCUACACGAUAUGCCCCAUCUAUCUCGUGGAUCGUUAAUCAAAUUUCCUUGAUACAAAGUUGCAUCUUUUCAGAGAGCAUGCCGCUGCUUCGCCGGACAAGAUCGUCGUAAAUAAACAGCAUUUGAGAGAAGUCUGUCACGUUAUCAUAAUCGACCCUAGGCCAUGACGCAAAUAUGGUGGCUAUGAAAUAUCAUGAAUAGAAAUGGCUGUUUUCUUGUUCUCGCAAAUGAUUGCUUGAUAACUGCGAGGAAAUCAACCAAAUGUGUUCAUAUGAAGAAAUUAUGACCUUAAUUUCAGAAAGCUGGGGUUUUAUCAUUAUUCAAACAUUAACUCAGGAUGUUGGAAAAAGUCUCAUGCUGACUAUUGUUUCAGGGUUGAAGCACUUUAGACGUCGCCUUGCAACUCACUCGAUGCAAUGGCCAACAACACGACGAUCCUGCCUUUGCUGAGCAAUACGGAGCGAAUGGUUUUCAAUGUUCUACUGCCGGUCAUUUCAGUGAUUGGCAUUGCCACUAACCUUAUAGUCAUUCUUGGCGUUUUGUAUAAUCGAAGCAUACGGAAUGUGCCCGCGAAUAUAUUCGUCAUCAAUCUCGCGAUUGCAGACUUUUUCGUAGUCGUUAUUGGAGUUCCACUAUGGGUGAUACAACUUAGUUUGGCAGAGAAAAUCACAAUAAACCAAGGGACAACGCUUUGCCAAAUAAACUUCGGUUUAUCCGUGUUCACCUCUGUUCUAUCAGUAUACACUCUCGGGAUUAUAAGUUACGAUCGAUACGCAGCCGUAACAGCGCCUUUUCGAUACCAUGAAGUAAUGUCACCCUCAACAACUUACAAAAUAUUAGCUGGAGCAUGGACUAUGACUUUGGUAUUUUCUUUACCAGCUAUGAUUGGCUGGAAGUCGGACAAUUUAAAGACACCAAUGGGACCUUACUUGAUUGGCUAUUGCGUUUAUACAAAGUUUUUUAGCCAGGAGUAUCAAAUCAUUGUGUAUUCGGGGAUAUCCUUGACAAUUGUAAUGAACAUCGUCCUCUAUACCAGACUUUUGAAUGUGGCAAAAAGGCACGCGAGACAGAUUGCUAGCACGAAACAUGAAGUUGAAAAUAGCUACGGAGAGCAAUCAGGUAUUGACAACAAUAAGAGGUCACCGCCUCGCAGGGAAAGGAACAUCAAGGCCGCAAAGGCUCUCGGGAUUGUUUUAGGAGCCCUGCUGUCUUGUUGGGUACCAUUCCUAAUCGUAGCGUAUAUUGAUGCAAUAGUUGAUGAAUCAGGCAUAUCCGUGUUCACCAUGAAGGUUUUAGGCACAGUGACGUAUUUCAACAGUGUCAUGAAUCCGUUGAUUUACACGUACAUGUCGAGGGACUUCAGGAAAACCGUGCGAAAGAUGCUGCUACGAAAACGAGGUCACCAAAAUUACCCUGGCAACAGUAGUACGUGAUAAUGUAGCGAUUAACCAACAGUAAAAUCAUUAUUAAUCGUAUGUUCAGCUUGUUGCCUAAGUUUAAAAUAAUUGGGCAAUGUAUGUGUUAUUAUAUAGACCUAAUGAGUAUUCAGCUCAACUUCCUCGCUUAUAAGGAUCGGGUUUUUGCUUUGCCUCAAUAUUUCAAACUUCCCUCAAAGCAAACCGCUCAAUCUACUCUUCCCUUGUCCCCCUCCUCCCAAAAACAAGGCUUCUGAUUUUCCAUAGAAUAAUGUGAUAUUGGAUGAAAUCUUUAUUAAACCAGACGAUGUAUGCUCUACGGCAAGCAAAGGCAGAAAAGCCAAAAGACUUCAGGUUAUUGCCAUAUUGCUGAGUUUCCAUCGCAUACCAUUGCAGGUACCAUUCUAUGAGAUAUUACCGAGCUUUGUGAGUACGAAAACAUAUCCUUUUAGAAUAAUUUCUAGCAUUUUUGAAUUUAAUUUUGCAUGGUAGAUGAAAAGCUUUGAGUGAGACUACCACUUGUUAAAUCUUCAUUCUGGUGGUACCCUGCUAAAUGUGCUUGCUAUAUCUCCGUUUCCGGCUGCAAUGCAACCUAAGGCUCUAAUUUUGAAGAAGAUGUCACUUUAAUUUGGAAGAAUGCUCAAUAUAUUAGCUAAAUUGAUGUUAUAUUCGUUUAUAUGUAUCACAGCAAUGGGAGGGGGGUUAUUGCAGAUUAAUUGGCUUCAAAAUUCAAACGUCUUCCUUACAAGAGUACAUCCUACCUCUGUAUAGUCUCAGUCCAACUUUCUCCUUUCUGAAUCUAUUCAGGGAUAACGUGGUUUUUUCGUUACAUUUUGAUAGAGAAAUUAAUAAAGGGCCUCUGACGAAGGGGGACCGGGGGCAUGGCCUCCCAACCUUUUGCAAACCGAUAGUGCUUUUUCGAAAUAUUCUGUUAUAUGUGUUAAGUUUUCCCUUUGCCCCUCCACAUAUUUAAACCUAUCCCGAAGUCCGCGGUUAAUGAUAAUUUAAAGUUGUUCUACCUUUAAUUUAAUAAUCAAGAUUAAAAAGUCCACCGAACACGUCAAGCUCUGUAUACCUUGUCGUCCUACCAGGCAUUAUAUCAAUCUAAUUUUCGGGAGAGGGGGAGUUCAAUCUCCCAAUUCUACUCAAUCUCCAAAUUUCACGCGCCCAUUCUAGAACAUACAGCUGUGAUAUAGGGAAUGAUAGCUUUAGUAUAGGAGCAGUAUUCUGGUUAAAGCUGGACCAUUUCUCAUAAAAGAAAAAGACAGAACACUGCGAUAGGUUUUUCUUUGUGCAUACCUUUGCGGAUGGUCCUAUAAUGCCUGCUUUGUUCACAGAGUAGAAAGAGCUAGUCGAAAUCACUUUAUCGUGCCAGUAGCGACUGUAGCAUUAAAAUCGUCAUGUUAUUUGUAUACAAUUAUAGUAUAUUUACUAUUAGAUAAAGAUGGAAUGCUAAAUGUUGUGCAAGCACAAAACUUAAUCAAGGAUCAUACUUAAA